AUGUACCGCCAAAUACUGAUGCAUGUACACGAUCGUCUCCUGCAAAGAAUUCUGCGGCGCUUCAACACUUCACAACUGAUUCAGGAAUAUGAACUAUGCACUGUCACUUACGGCCUCGCACCGUCCUCGUUCCUGGCUACACGAACACUUUUGAAGUUCGUCGAAGAUGAAGGGAUCCCGUUCCCGAAAGCAAGCACGGCCAUCAAGAAGAACACCUACGUGGACGAUAUCCUCGCCGGAACCGAUAGCAUCGAAGAGGCUAUCCUCCUUCGUGAAGAACUAAUUGAACUAUUGCAGAAAGGUGGUCCAAUUCGCUUCCCGUUUUAUCUGGACUCCCUCCUGAUGUUCUUGGGACUUAUUCGUCGCUGA